UCCAGACAGUCCAUGCAUUGCAUUUGGAACCAAAUCUGUUUUUUCAAGCUGCUGAGGAUCAGGAGCGAGAGGUCACCCUCACCCUGUGGGUGGCUUUAGAUUUCUACAGAAGUCAUACACCUAGGGAGAUUCAGUGACUUGGACAAACUGUGCUACCCCUCAGGCCAGUUUUUCCCCAGGUACCAACAGGAACUUGUUCAAAACAGAGAUCCCUGUGUUCCACAAAUGCCUGCAAGUCCUGGAGAUUGAAGCAGCUCAAGCCAGUCUUGUCUUUUCCCUGCUCUUUGAGGAAGGAAUGAGCCACCCCUCUUUGUACAGCGCCUGGCACAGUCACUUACCCUGAGGUCAGCUUCAGGCUGAAGGAUCCUGAAAGCAGAUAUUCAGAAGCAGAAGUGGAAAAUGGCAAGCAUAGAAUGCUCUGAGAGACUGGACCAGGAAUACCCCAGCAGCAGUUUGGCUCAGGAAUCCUAUGGGGACAGAAAGAGGACCAUGAACACAUGGUGUGAAAAUGAUGAAGGCGAUGAGGAGGAGGAAGCUGAGGAAAGCGACAGUGAUCAUUUUGGGAACGGCAUGCAGAAGGACCAAGAUCCGGUGUCCAGCAGCUCCAUGCCGAAGGACAGCAUGGCAGAGGACCUUCUGUGUGAGGAAGACAAGGUCUUUUAUGAGACCUUCACCCUUAUCAAUGCCAACGGCGUGGCCAAGAAGUUGAACAUGAUGGUCAGUCUUCGCACCAAGAGUGAUGAGGGCGAUGAGGAAAGCAACAAGGAGACAUUGUGUCAGAAGUGGCAUAGCCGGCCAGUGAGGAAGCCUGCUGUUCUUCGGCGCAGCCCGCAGGGCAUAAAGCACUUUGGCAGGGUGCUGCCAAGCUCAACCGAGUACGUGGACACUGUGGUUACCCUGGACAGCGAUUUGGAUGACCCAGCCAGGGACAGCCUGCCGUGCAAUGGCAUGGAAAGCAUCAAGAGCUACGUGACCAGGAAAGUAGACGGUGGAGUGUUCCCAGGAAAUCCAAGUAUGGACUUCAGCAAGCCAGGGGGGAGCAAAGAGUUUCCCCUGAAAAGCAAAAGAGGGGUGAAGUGGCGGAACCCGAAAGCUGCCAACAAGCCAGCCGAGAUAGCGGGAAGUGUCGGGGCCCUGAAAGCAGCCACGGUGAGGAGGAUCAGGAUUGGGAUGCAGCAGGUGGGCAGCAGCGAGGUGGAGGAGCGGCCUUACAAAUGCAUGCAGUGUGGACGGGCCUUUAAGAAAUCCAGCAACCUCCUGAGCCACAUUGACACGCACAGUGGGGCCAAGCCGUAUGCCUGCGAGCUGUGCAGCAAGGCCUACUCGCACCAGGGCACACUGCAGCAGCACAAGCGGUUGCACACAGGCGAGCGCCCCUACAAGUGCCCGUUCUGCAUCAAGGCCUACACCUGGUCCUCGGACUACCGCAAACACAUCCGCACGCACACGGGCGAGAAGCCCUACAAGUGCCUGGACUGCGAGAAGGCCUUUGUGCGCUCCUCGGACCUGCGCAAGCAUCAGCGCAACAUGCACAGCAAUGACAAGCCUUUCCCCUGCCAGGAAUGCGGCAAGACCUUCAAUAAGCCACUGUCGCUACUGCGCCACCAACGCACCCACCUGGGUGAGAAGCCUUUCCACUGUCCUGACUGCGGCAAGGAGUUUGCCGUGGCCAGCCGCAUGGUGGAGCACCAACGGAUACACACGGGCGAGCGUCCCUUCUCCUGUGCCAUCUGCGGCAAGUCUUUCACCAAGUCCUCCAACCUCUUUGAGCACCAGACGCUGCACACUGGUGAGCGCCCCUUCAAGUGCUCUGAAUGUGGCAUGGCCUUCGCUCAGUCCUCACGCCUCAUCCGCCACCAGCGCAUCCACACCGGCGAGCGGCCCUUCGCCUGUGCCGAGUGCGGGCAGGCCUUUGCCCGCUCCUCCACCCUCAAGAGGCACCAGCAGAUCCAUAGUGGGGAGAAGGCCUACCUGUGCUCAGACUGCGGCAAGGCCUUCCGCCAUGCCUCGCAGCUUACCCAGCACAUGCGGGUGCAUACGGGGGAACGGCCCUACCAGUGCGCCCAGUGUGGCAAGGCCUUCACUCAGUCCACCCACCUCAUCCGCCACCAGGCCAAGCAUGGUGCCAGCAAUGGGGAGCCGUUCUCCUCUUCUGAUGAGUGAGUCCCUUCCUGGUGGGGCAGCUGGACACCAGGCACUCAACACCUGUCUUCUGAGGGGCCAAAUACAACAGACCUGGGCUUCAUCAGGUACAGCAAAUAUGAGAGAGGGUUUGUAUGCAAUAUGGAGCAGGCACCACUCUCUGACCAAGUUGCUUGUUGACUAGAAGAGGAGAUCUGCAAGUGCUUUUCUUCAUAAAUGCACACGAAAGGACCCAGCCAGAGCCCACCUGUGACAGGGGAUGAGGAGAGAGAUUAUGAAGAAUACACCCACCUUGUCAUCUGUCCAGGCACCAAGUUCAGCUGUUUACCAAGAUCUUCCUGCUGGACAAAAGAUCAAGAGCACAUUGCAAACUGACUGACACUCCAUAGCUGUUGCUCCUUCAUGGGCCCUCAUGCCAAUUCCUGCUGCCCCUUCAAGUGUAGUUCUUCUCUGAAAAGGGACUAGGUAAGAAAAUGGAAGAUCUGCUCCCAGUACAUGUGUUCAGAGUUGCAUCUGACACAACACUGCUUUUUACUCCUGUUUGCCCUGCAGAGCCAAGUCAGCUAACGGAACUGAAGUCUAUUCCUGCCUGUGUGUCCUUAACAGAAUGAUUAAUGAGCAGCUGGUCUACAUGUAGAAAUCAUACUAGUUUCACUAAAUAGAUUUAAAAAUA